AUGGUCAAAGACAUCCUGUCUGCUGUCGGUUGGACAACAGCCACUCUCAUCUUUGAUGACGUCAUUGAUUUGCUACAGCGUUAUGAGUUACGACGAUUGUUACAACAGCAGCAAAUAAACACGCGCGUCUUCUCCCUGGCAAUGACCUCUGGAAACUACCUCCGGGAAAUCGAUCUUUUGAGUGAUGGUUACUUGUGGAUUGUGAUCUCGGAUGUGACGUCACAGGAGGCAUUGAGAUCACUUAAGGCGGAUGUCCACGCUAAUGUGGUGUUUGUGACGGAGAAGUGGAGCGGCUGUAUGGAGGAGUCAUGGCGGGAACGGGUGGAAACCAGUCAUGUGAUGACACGUGACAGUAUAACUAGGCAAUUCUCGAUAGAUCUGAGUGAAGAGCACACAACUCCGAUGGAGUAUGAGAUAGCCAGCUCCUCUGACAGAAGUGGAGAUGUCACCGUUGUUCACAGCGGGAAUUGGAGUGAGGCACACGGCUUGGUGACCGACAAGAGAAACCUCUUCCUAAACACGUUUUACGACUUCGGGAAAACCAUCCUAGUGGCCUCGUUGGAGACAGCACCAUUUGUGAUGAAAGUGCUGAAAGGAAAUCGUCACAGCUAUGUGGGGUUCUGUAUCGAUAUCUUAGAUGAACUGGCUGACCGUAUGGGAUUCAACUACACCAUCGUAGAGCCAAUGGAUACUUUUUACGGCGCUCCAAUUGGCAAUGGCAGCUGGAACGGUAUGAUUGGCAUGGUCCAGAGAGGGGAAGCGGAAAUGGCUAUCGGUCCAUUCACCAUCACUUCGCUUAGAGAACAGGUCAUCGACUUCACCGUUCCGUUCUCAGAAGGUAGUACCGGUAUCAUGACCCUCUCACCUGGGUAUCAGGCCAAGAAGAGUCUGUUCCAGACGUUGAAGCCUUACUCUGCUCAGGUGUGGAUCAGUGUUCUCUGCUCUGUUUUUCUCGUUGGUUUCGUCUCUUUACUUGUUAACCGAUAUACGCCAUUCCAGAUGACACCUGAAGCGCGUCCUUUUCAGCAAAAGUACGAGUCUAGUCUGGAGGACAACAUGUGGAUGGUUUACAGUUCCGUAACAGAGCAAGGCAUUCAGCACAGUCCACGAGCCGUUUCCGGCCGCUGUCUGAUUGGAUUCUGGUGGCUGUUCACCAUCCUGUUGGUGGCCACCUACACAGCCAACCUAGCCGCCUUCCUUACAAUUUCUCUGCCCCCACCGCCUAUAAAUAAUAUGGGGGAGCUGGUUGCUCAAGAUGCUAUGCUGCCAUUCAUUGAGGCAGGGAGUAGCUUUGAAACAUUCUUUAAGGAAUCUAGAACCGAGCUGUACCAGAAAGCAUGGAGCCGUAUGAAGGAAGCACCAAGGGUUUCUCUAGAGGAAGAAGUGCUCAACCUGAUAAGAACGGGGAAAUACGCGUAUGUGGGAGACAAACCUGUUCUUGAUUCCUUAUCCAGUGAAAGCUGCUUUACUUUCUCAGUGGCGGCGGAAAGUUUUGAUUUUGUUGGAUACGGGUUUGUCCUUUCCGAGGGAGCAGCCUACGCCCACAUAGUCAACCCUUUUAUACAUCAGAUGCAAGAAGCUGGUUUAGUUGAGAAGUGGAGAAAGAAGUGGUGGGGGCAGCCUAGUCAUUGUCUGCACCCUCAUGACGACAAGGUCAACAGCCUGGGGCUGGACAGCCUGGGCGGAUUGUUUCUGUCUUACGCCGGUAUCAUCGCCCUUGCCAGCGGCUGUCUGGUGCUGAAAAUCGCCUUUCAAACACUUGGCCACAGAACACGUGUUGAAUGUGAUGCCGAGAUUUCCUAA